CAUGCGCAGUGCUUAACGGAGCAGGGACGCAGCUCGGGCUGUGACAGUGGGGCUUAUUUGAGAGUGCAUGAACCUGUGGCUAUAGCGGAUGUGUGCAGCGUGAAAGCGAUGCGUUAUAACAAGACAUAAACGCUUCGUAGCGCACUGCGGAAGGUAAGGAAAAGAGAUGUGAGCUGUCGUCAUUCGGAAUAACAACGCAGGAGAUGUCGGAGGGCGGAUUUGUACGGGAUUGACUCGGUUUUUUCAGCCCGACUUCAGGGCUUUAAUGAGUGUCCAAAGUGAGAGGAGCCUCUCUGGAAGUUUGGACGCAGCGCCAUCUUUGGUCCCAGUUCUCCAUCUGAGACCCCGGGCCUGUCUUUAACCACAAACAUCUCGGAUCUGACACACAGGAUGGAGGAGCUGCAGUCUCUGGACCCACGCAGACAAGAGCUGCUCGAGGCUCGGUUCAUGGGGGCAGUAAGUGGCAGCACUGGGGGCAGCACAGGCAGCGCCAGCGGAGGAGCCAAGGGCUUAAUCAAUAACGAAUGCUCCAACCACAGUUUUGGCAGUCUGGGAUCAUCAAGCGACAAGGAGUCUGAGAACUCUGACCUGAAGAGAGGAGGCUCUCCGGCAUAUUCCACACCUGAGAAGAAGCACUCAGAGACGACCAGGAGGAAGAGAAAAGCUGACAACCAAUCAGAGAGCAGCCAAGGGAAGUCUUCUGGCCGAGGAGCAAAGAUCAGCGAUUACUUCGAUUUUCAGGCAGGAAACGGCUCCAGCCCCGUUCGAGGAAUGCCGCCUGGUCUUCGUGCCCCUCACGGCUCUCAUUCUGCCCCUGGUUCCAUCGUCCGACAGAACAGUUCCUCGCCCACCAGCUUGUGUUUCACAGAUCACAUGAUGCAGCCGAAGCAGCUCAGUAUCAGAAGUGUUCAGACCGAUCUGACUCUGUUAAAGCUUGCUGCCCUCGAGAGCAAUAAGAAUCUGGAUCUGGAGAAAAAGGAGGGCAGAAUAGAUGAUCUGCUCAGGGCUAACUGUGACCUGCGGAGACAGAUCGAGGAACAACAGAAGCUGCUGGAAAGAUAUAAAGAGCGUCUGAACAAGUGCACCACCAUGAGCAAAAAACUGCUCAUUGAGAAGAGCACUCAGGAGAAGCAGUCGUGCCGGGAGAAGAGCAUGCAGGAUCGCCUGCGUCUCGGACACUUCACAACGGUACGACACGGAGCGUCCUACACGGAGCAGUGGACCGACGGAUACGCUUUCCAGAACCUGGUCAAGCAGCAGGAGUGGGUGAACCAGCAGAGGGAAGAUAUUGAAAGGCAGCGGAAGCUUCUUGCAAAGCGGAAACCUCCCAACACAGCACCGUCUCAGAGCCCAGCGCCUUACAACGAGUCCAAACCCAGAAAGACCAAAGCCGUGAACGGAGCGGACAGCGACCCCUUCGUCAAACCCAGCCUACCUACACUGUUGACUUUAGCAGAGUAUCACGAACAGGAAGAAAUCUUCAAACUGCGACUGGGCCAUCUGAAAAAGGAGGAGGCGGAGAUACAGGCUGAGCUGGAGCGUUUGGAGCGAGUGAGGAAUCUUCACAUCCGUGAGCUGAAGAGGAUCAGUAACGAGGACAGCUCCUCGUUUAAAGAUCACCCCACACUCAAUGACCGAUACCUGCUCCUGCACCUGCUGGGCAGAGGAGGAUUCAGUGAGGUUUAUAAGGCCUUUGACCUGUUUGAGCAACGUUACGCAGCAGUGAAGAUCCACCAACUCAAUAAGAACUGGAGAGAGGAGAAGAAGGAGAACUAUCACAAACAUGCAUGUAGAGAAUAUCGAAUCCACAAACAGCUGGACCAUCCCAGAAUAGUCAAACUGUACGACUACUUCUCCCUGGACACGGACACGUUCUGUACGGUGUUGGAGUUCUGUGAGGGGAACGAUUUGGACUUCUAUUUGAAGCAGCACAAGUUGAUGACUGAGAAAGAAGCUCGUUCAAUCGUCAUGCAGAUCGCCAACGCUCUCCGAUACCUCAACGAGAUCAAACCGCCAAUCAUUCACUACGACCUCAAACCAGGUAACAUCCUGCUGGUAGACGGUACUGCGUGCGGUGAGAUCAAGAUCACUGACUUCGGCCUGUCAAAGAUCAUGGACGAUGAUAACUACGGUGUGGACGGUAUGGACCUUACCUCGCAGGGAGCAGGGACCUACUGGUAUUUACCGCCGGAGUGUUUUGUAGUCGGAAAAGAGCCGCCAAAGAUCUCAAAUAAAGUGGACGUCUGGUCUGUAGGCGUCAUCUUCUUCCAGUGUCUGUAUGGACGCAAGCCGUUUGGCCACAACCAGUCUCAGCAGGACAUCCUCCAGGAGAACACCAUCCUCAAAGCCACUGAAGUUCAGUUCCCUCCCAAACCUGUGGUCAGCAAUGAAGCCAAGGCGUUUAUCCGGCGCUGCCUGGCGUACAGAAAGGAGGACCGUUACGAUGUGCACCAGCUCUGUAGCGACUCGUACCUGCUCCCUCACAUCCGACGAGCCAAUUCAUCUGGGAAUCUGCAGGCCACGCCCACUAGCCCCGCCUCCUCCUCGAUCAUCUCUUACUGAUCUGUACAGCUUGAAAAGUGAUUGACUUUUUGUUUUUGUUUUAAGCGACUGCCCUUGUGUGUAGGUGAAAGUGGGAGGAGUUUACUAGUCAGGAGGUGGGCCUAAAGACACAUGGCAACAGUUGCCCUGGCAAAAGUGCACUUGAUGGGAUGUUGGGCACAGGUGGAAGAUGAGAAAAAAAAACUUGAAUACUAAUGUCACAAGGUGGCUGGGUUAUACACAAGUGUACAGGAGAGAGUGUGUGUGUGUGUGUGUGCGUGUGUGUGAUGGGGAGGGCAUUACACUCACAACCUUCAGUUAUUACUUUCUCUUAUCCCCUGCCGUGUGUGUUUGUGUAUCAAAUGCUGUUGGGAAUGUGUGUGUGAGAGAGCAGGUUCAGGGUAAACUUGAUUUCUUCAAAUAGAUAUUUCCUGAUCUACAUUUUUUUGUAACCAGUUUUUGACCCCUGAUGUCAUCAGCGUGCAUCAGAGUUUACACUGUUUCCUACUUCACUAUCUAACGGUGCACUAACGUCAGGGUCUGAUGUAUUGAGCGCACAACGUUCAUGACGACUCCAUGUAGUCAACAGGCCAUGAAGUACCAUAAUGCACUGCGUUGCGUUGGUUUGAUUGGUUUACUUUCCCUGAGGGAUACAGCCAGUUACUAUGGAAACGUCUCUAAUGUCGAAUGCAUGUGUAUCGAAGGAUUUCUGAGUUUCUCACCGCAGAAGCCCAGGUCCGGGGGGUGGAGCCGAAUCUGAUCCGUCUGUUCGGAGAUCUGAUCCUCAAUACUUAACCCUAACCUACUCAACACAUUAAAUACACUUAUACUGCCUGAAACACACUCCACUCCCUGGGUUUUGACUCCACCAGGGGCAGUAGGAGCUGGAUCAGGUCCGACUCCACCCCACGGACCUACCCUGUGCCAGGAAUUCAGUCGUUUCAGUUCACUAUCAUGGUGCUGUCUGUAGGGUAAGAAAUCAUGAUCACGGAGCCAUUUCACACACGGUGGAAGUGAAGUAUUGUAGUCUGAACUGCCUCAAGUCACCCGAGCCAAAUCAUUAAACACUGAUUCAGGUCAUACAAAUAAAAUCAGGACUUUCUUCCCCCUUCUGUAAGCGCUUGGUUAGGUUUAAACGAUCAAAUAUGUCCGGUCACUAUUUGGUUUUGGUGUUAACUAAAUUCUUUUGCUCUUUGUUAUAUCGCAGUGUUUCUACAGUAAGACAGCACUCGAAAUCAGUCACGCAAAUUAUAACCUAUAAAUAAUAAAGGUGUGAGAACGAGACAGAGUCUUACCAAAGCCGGCCUUAUAGAGUGGGUUUUGUGGCAUCCGAGCUUUCUGACUCGCACGAUCUACACUCAUAACCGUCUCGUUCUUCUCCAGUUCAUCAGCUGAGUUUCAGGUUUUUUUUCUAACUAGCAUGACGCAGUUGAUUAUUAGUAAUAUACAAAGCACGUUUCAGACGCAACUCCUUUGCAUAUGGCGACACCCACACAAUCCAUAAAAGGUGAACGGCAGAGACGUCUAGAAGUCUGAGCAAAGGCCGAAGGGCAGAAAUGGAAGUUAUUUCGACUCGCUGUCGUGCCAAAGAAAAAAAAGGACAUUUAUUUACUUCCUCCGUUUAUAUCACAUUAUUUCUUUGGUCAUAUUUGAAUGGGUUUUCUUCACCUUUAUAAUUUAUAAGCUUGUUAUUGUUGUUAUUCUUUAAUUAAUGGCAAUAAUAUAAAACAGCUGUUUUCCCCCCAGAUGUUUCGGACCAUACUGUUAGACUCUGACCUUGUGAGCUAGUGUACAGGUGUUUUUGAUCAACUCUAAAACUCUUCUGUAAGUCACUUUGGAGUAACGUAAUAAAAAUAAGCGAUUUACAACUCGAAAUAGACAUAAUAGAUACACUUUUUUUUAUAGGUCUUCGUAGGUGCGGCCUUUAGCCCAGAGUUUAGAAUAGACAUGCUUAUUUUCUGUUCAUUUCACCCCAUAGUAAACACAGGAACUGAAAAAUGUUGUGACUAUCAGCUCUGUGAACCGAUGUGUGUGAGGAGCCACGUGCACACGCUGAUGACAUCAGGCGGCAGGGAUCGGUUCAAAUGAAUGUCACACAAGGGUCAUGUUUUAUAACUAAUCAACGGUGUUCUCAGCAGGUCCAGGAUUUCUGUCGGACCGUCUCUCACCGCUCCUGAAGCAAUGUUCACGUUGCUGCUACUCAGUGUUGCUUUUUAGUUUUCAGUUAGGCUUCUGUUUUUUUUUUUUGUGUGUGUACUGUAAAAUUAAGAAGAGAUGUCAUAUAUGGAAAGUUUAUUUGCCAGGAAAUUCGCAGCAUGUUGAUACAAUACUUUUUGUCAGGUGUGUGAGAUGUGUGUGUGUGUGUGUAAAACAACUUAAGCUAACUAACGGAAGGUGGCCCUGACUCCACCCUUGAAUUGCUGAGCAGUCUGCGAUCAGUGAGAGCAGUGCUCGGUCAGCUUUCUUCUCCCCUUUUCUCUCUCUCUCUCAGCCCCUAUCUGUGAUCUGUCUCUAAAAAUGCUGCUGCCGUUGUAGGGAAUGUAGCCAAAAGAGAAAUAAAAAUUCCUAAAGCUAUUUUAAUA